AAACAAACCUAUAGAAACAUAGAAGGAAAGGACACGUGAGGACACGUGACUCAUGCGAUCAUAUAAAAGUGAAUAUCGCGCACAUUAUACUUGAAGUAUCAUAGAUAUUUUGAUGCGUGGCAGGUAUUUUCAAAAGUUAAUUCGAAAUAUAUUACCUGAUCAUGUGUUCCACGAAAACUCCACGCAUUCUUUCAAUCCAGAGUCACGUAGUAUCAGGAUAUGUUGGUAAUAAAAGCGCAACUUUUCCAUUACAGUUGUUAGGCUUUGAAGUUGAUGCAAUUAAUUCUGUACAACUAUCUAAUCAUACUGGCUAUAAAGUGUUUAAGGGUCAAAUACUUAAUGAUAAAGAUCUAGAUGAUGUAGUUGAAGGUCUAGCACAGAAUAAUUUGGAUAGAUAUACAUAUUUACUAACUGGAUAUGUUGGUUCAGCUUCUUUCCUAAAAAGAAUAGCGAUAUUAGUUACAGCAUUGAAAUGUAAAAAUCCAAAUCUUAUAUAUGUUUGUGAUCCUGUUAUGGGUGAUAAUGGAAAGCUGUAUGUCCCAGAAGCACUAAAGGAAAUUUAUAAGAACGAAAUAAUACCAUUGGCAGAUGUGUUAACACCAAAUCAAUUCGAGUUAGAGUUAUUGACAGAUAAAAAAAUUACUAAUAUGGAUGAACUGAAAGAUACAUUAAAGAAAUUACAUCAAAUUGGGCCACAAACCAUAGCUAUAUCCUCAACUGAAUUUAACAAGAGCAAAUUAACAGCAGUAGUUAGUGUAGCGAAAGAUGACACAUUGGUUAAGAUAGAUAUUCCAAAAAUACCAGCGACUUUCACAGGCUCUGGAGAUCUUUUUGCUGCAUUAUUCCUUGCUCACAUACACUUACAAAAUGACAUUAAAACUACUAUGGAAAAAACUGUAAACACUCUGUACAGUGUAUUACUUAAUACUUAUCAGAAUUCAAAAACAUAUGCUGAUGAUGAAGCACAACCAGCUAGAAAGAUUGAGUUACAACUUGUACAAAGCAAAAACAAUAUUGAAAAUCCUGAAAUUCGUUUAUUUGCAGAAAUUCUUUGAUAUACAACAGAUUAAGUAAUGAAAGCUUUUAGAUGUUGAUUAUAGAUAUAGAUGAUGCUGAUAUAGAUUUUAUAGAUAUGUUGUAUGAAAUGUAUAUAAAAUAUUUACGGCAUUUAACUAAACUGUGUGCUUGUUAAGUCAUACAUCAGCAUAUUAACGUGACAAAAGGAUAUAUUUAUUCAAAAAUCAAGUAUUAAAAACAACCAAUGUAUUUGUCUUCCAGAAUAUACAAGAAACACUAAGGUUUUAUUAACUUAUAUAUUUUUCACGCAAGGCAUAUCGAGAUGUGAAUGUUAAGUAUCAUAGUAUCACAGGUUUUAAGAGAGAUACAAAGUAUACGUUAUGUAUAGAUAAAAUGACAUUUUAUUUA